AUGAUCCAUCUAUUUGCCAAACCUGGAAAGUCCAACGCUGACGUGCGAGCUCUGAGUUACUGCGACCUGAGCACCAUCCAACGGGAGGACCUUUUGGAGGUGUUGGACAUGUAUCCGGAGUUUGCUGACUACUUCUUUGCCAACCUGGAGCUGACCUUCAAUCUCCGAGAUGAGUCUGCAAAGCCCCCAAGUCCCGAGGGCUGCGACUCUGACGGUGAGGGCACCAGGAGCAUUAAAAGAAGGAUUUCCUUCACGCCGGAGCCGCCCAAAGUGGAACUCAAUGAAGUCAGUCCAGAAGUAGAAAGUAGGAGGGAGUCAAAUCUGUGCCUAAAGAGAUGUUCCCAAGUUCGGGGUCCCUCGACACCCAGCAGCCCUGUUCUCGACUCUAAUCUUCUCGGACACAACGAGGUCACAGACGGCUUGAGGAGAAGUCCAUCUUUUCAAGAUCUGUGCUGUGAUAAAUGGGUGUGCAAGAAGCCGGGCGACUACCUGGAUGAGUCAGCAGCACACUUCCACGAGCUGAGAGGAGAUGAUAAUUCGGCUAGCGAGCUUACCUACGGAGAGGUGGAACAGCGUUUAAAUCAACUUCAGGAACAUUUGAACAGGUUGGAGUCUCAGCUAACGUCCGACAUUCAGACCAUCCUGCAGCUGCUGCAGAGACAGCCCGCGUUGGGUCCUCCAGCUUACAGCACUGUGACCGCCAGUCCAGACUAUAGCGGAUCUGCCGUGAAGAUUCAGCCCGCUGCCUUGACAGCGAGCCAUUUUUUCAGCCAUACGCAAAGUCAAGGACCUAACCACAAAGUAAAGAGGGCCUUCCAAGAAUCCAAAGACUCAAGGCCGAGCUUGGCCAGCUUGAAGGUCCCAGUUGAGGACAACCUUUCAACGUUGCUUUUACAAAGACAAGCAGAACAGCAACAAGAGAUUAGCAGGUUGCAACAGUCCACAUUGAUCCUAAUUCCGACAUCAUCCUCGUCUUCGCCUCCUUCCGACUGCAACCUCAACGCCACUGGACUCCACAGACCCGACUCAGACCCAGAGCUACAGAGACCAUAAACCUCUCAACAUUUGUGUUCAAACCUCUGGGUGAAAAGGCUGUAACUACAUAGUAGAUACUUUUUAUCAGCAUGCAGCAACAGACAAAUAUAUAUUUCUUGAUUUGCAGUUGCUUAGUAGUAUAUAUUUAAUGUGUUUUUUUUUUUCUUAUGCAUUUGGAUGAAAUACUGUUGUUGCAGUACAACAGUACCCUUGGUAUAAAUAUGUAUUUUCAAUGUAAAAGCACUCAGAGAGCGCAAAGCACCAACAAGGCCACUAUAGAGCACCGACAGCCGUUCUGUUUUAUGCAAAACCUCACACAUAUAGUAGUGUACAUUAUGUCUGGAUAGACAAAAAAAAAUAUCAAAAAUAUGCUCGCAUUUUUACCGUAAAGGUCAUAAUUAAACAUCGCUUGAGAAAUGGAAAAGCUAGUAGAAUAGGACUGGCACGUAAUGACAUAUUCACCAGCAGUCGCCUCCUCCAAGCUGUUCAGUUUAGUGAGAACAAAAAAAAAAAGAAAGUACUGUUAAGUAUUUUUAAAAAGAUCUUUUUUUGGGCUCUUUCUAUAAAUGAAUGUGAUGAAAAUCUAAUUGCCUAAUUUGUUUGAAAUGAGCCAAUAUAUGGAUGAAAAUGAGAAAAUAUCUUUUUAGCACAACAUUUUUUGGGAUAUGUAAUUUGGUAGAAUGGAUAUAAAAAAAAAAAUCUACACUUCCCUGUUCAAUUUCCAGAUUUUGGUGAGAAAUAAUUUCAAAACCUUUUCCGCCAUGAACCAGUCGACCAAUACCCCACAAAACUCAAUUGAAUUGGUUUUUAAUCCAUUCAAGAGUAGAAGUAGAAACAAACAAAAAUUACACAAUUGCAUAAGUGUGCACACCCGAUUGCAACAAGGAUUGUGGGUAGCUGUGUUCAGAAUUCUUCAAUCCCAUUAUAAGUCAUGUUAAAUAAAACUCGGUCAUUCCUUGAUAUAUCACAAAAGCCUUUUGAACAAGGGUGUGUAGACUUUUUUUUUUUUACCAUUUCCAACUAGAUUCAUACUUUUUAGUGACUAAGCAGAUGGAGGGGAUGGAUUUGAAUUCAUCACUAUGUUCUUUACGCAGACACAUGAUAAGAUAGUCAAGUCCAGCUAUCCUGCAGGUCCAGGAUUGAAACAAGUUUCUCACAUAUUUAGCAGACAACGCAAGAACCAAACCUUUGCAUGCAGUACUACGAGUCACACACACAAAAAAAAGAGAAAAAUGAUUCAUUUUGCUUCCGAUUUAUUUGGAUGCCACUUAACUGGAAUCAGUGGGUGAAGACGUUUGAACCUACCCCAGUAUUUUUUUUUUUGCACGUAUCGGUGUAAAUCAGCAUUUACACUGAGGUAUGAGAACUGUUUGUGUAUCCUCGGCUGUAUGCCUGUCUUCUCUGAAAUGUGACUCAGGGGUUAUGGACAAUUGCACUGCAGUUUACAGUAUCCAGAAUACUGUAAUAGUCCUCUUUAUACAAUGUGCAUUAUUACUUAGGUCACAACUGUGCACCUACUGUUUAUGACACUAUUAUUUGUAGACAAAUGCAUGGUUUUUUUCUAUCUGUAUAGUUAUUGUUUUUGCACCACUUGCUAGCCCAAAGUAGCACACGUUAUAACGAUGUCAGCAUACGUGUCUCUUUUACCAGGUAGAAAGUUAGUGUUUGCACAUAAACAGCCCCGAAAUAGGGUCUCGUGCCUACAAUGUCAAUACAAAUGCUACGUCAGAUUAUUCUUAACAUAUCAACAAGUUGUUUCUUUUCCCAGCACAAUUUUGUUGGACUCUGAAAUAUUGCUAGAAACUAAUAAUGAAAUUAAUAAUAUUGCCAGAUGUUAAAAAAAAGUCUAUUUUUGUUUACUGCUGCUUUUCAUUAUUUUAAAAAGUAAUAUUUGUUUUGAAACAGGGAUCGGCAAUAAAA